UCAGUAUGCUUGUUGACGGCGUCGUGAUGUAUUUGUAGUGCCUUGUCGUUGAAAUAAUAUCGUAUUUGUUUUCUUCCUAAACAUGCGUAAUCUUUUAGUUUGAAAAUAAUUAUAAUUUGUUUUAGUGUAAGAUGCCUCAAAAAACUUUUAGUGAUAAAAUGUUUAAGUGUAAUAGUUUUAAUGUGUUAUGCUGGCUUGUGUUUCACUUAAUUUUAUUAGCCCUGACAAAGGAUAGCGCAGAUGCUCAAGUAAUACGAAGUCCCGCACCAGAGUUCAGUAGACAUAGAGUCGUGCGGCCCGUGGUGCAUCAAGCGAGAACUAAGAGGGAGAUCACGUCAACUGGACACACGGAGGGUAUGCAUCACCCAGAGCUGACGAUGACGAUAAACAUAGAUGGAGUAGAACAUGUCCUGGAUCUCCGGCUCAACCAAGAUCUAGUAGCUGGUGACCACGUAAUCAGCUAUCAGAAAGAUGGAAAGACGGUGCUGCAUAAACCUAAGAUAGAAGAACUUGAUAUAUGCCAGUAUUCUGGCACGGUAAGAGGCAAGAAGGGAUCUUGGGUUGCGGUAUCGACCUGUCACGGUGUUAGAGGCGUCAUACACGACGGAAAACAAAUGAGAUAUAUUGAACCACAAGGAAAUGAAAUAGAUUCACAGCACUACAUCUACGAUCACUCCGAUCUCGAAGCCGAUUUCCAUUGCGGGUACAGUGGGGGUGUCACCAAUAAUACGAAUUACGAUCCGGAACUAAUGAAGGAAUAUCAAAACGAGAAGAGCAAAGAGACUAGUAGAAUACAUCGGUAUAAGCGCAAUAUCGAUGACACAGAAUUACGUGGACCUUUCAACGCAAAUAAAUUAUCACGAUACGUUGAAUUGGUUUUGGUCGCGGAUAAUAGAGAAUUCAGAGCGAAUGGCGAGAGCAUUAAUACAAUACAUCGGCAGUUGAAGGACGUCGCCAAUAUCAUUAAUUCGGUGUAUGCCCCUUUAAAUAUUUUUAUAGCACUAGUCGGUGUGGUUGUGUGGACUGAGCGUGACGAAAUAAUUUUAGAAGAAGAUGGUGAUAAGACCCUCACACACUUUUUACACUACAGGAGAAAUAGAUUGCUGUAUACCAUACCGAAUGAUAACGCACAUUUGUUAACACGCCAAAAAUUUAAAGACGGAGUUGUAGGCAAAGCUCUAAAAGGUCCCAUAUGUACCUACCAGUUCUCUGGUGGCGUUGCCACCAAUCACUCGGAGGUGAUAGGUCUGGUGGCCACGACCAUCGCUCACGAAAUGGGUCACAACUUCGGUAUGGAACACGACACGGAAGCAGAUUGCAGCUGUCCCGAUGAAAAGUGUAUAAUGAGCCCCUCGAGUACUUCUGUCACGCCUACACAUUGGUCUUCCUGCAGUCUUCGGUCCUUAGCGCUUUCCUUUGAAAGAGGCAUGGAUUAUUGUUUACGCAACAAACCGAAGCGUCUCUUCGAUUCACCAACAUGCGGCAACGGGUUCGUGGAGCCGGGCGAGCAGUGCGACUGCGGACUCAACGGCAGCGCCGCGUGUCUCGCCUGCUGCCACCCGCGCGCCUGCGUGCUGCGCUCCAACGCGACCUGCGCCGUGGGCGAGUGCUGCGACCCGCAGACGUGUCGGCCAAAAUCUGCGGGUACGGUUUGUCGAUCGGCUGACAAAGAGUGCGACUUGCCCGAAUACUGCAGCGGGUACUCCGAGUUCUGUCCGAGAGAUGUGUACAAGAUGGACACCACUCCUUGCUCCAAUAACGAGGCUUACUGCGUUCGCGGCUCGUGUCGUACGCACACGGACCAGUGCCGGCUGCUAUGGGGUUCCACCGGCGCGAUGUCGGACAUACGAUGUUACAAUACUUCUAACGUAAAGGGCGACAAGAAAGGAAAUUGCGGCUACCAGCGAGGCGACCAGCCCGAAUACUAUCGGUGCGCAAGAGAAGAUGUUCUGUGCGGUCUGUUGCAAUGCAAACAUCUCAACGAGAGAUUGGAGUUCGGUAUGGAGUCGGUCUCGUCUCUCUCAGCGGUCUUCAUCAACAAUAAUGGUACCAUACUGACAUGCCGUACUGCGAUGAUAGAUCUGGGUCUCUCGGAAGUGGAUCCUGGAAUGGUACCCGACGGCGCGAAGUGUGGAGAAGACAAAAUGUGUCUGAAUCAAAAAUGCGUGCCAGUAGCGGGAGUCGUUGAAGUCAUAUCGCAAAAGCAAAACUCUGUUUGUCCUUCCAACUGCUCGGGACACGGCGUCUGUAACUCGGAAGGAAAUUGUCAUUGCGAGCCCGGCUUCGCGCCCCCGCUGUGCGCUCUUCCAGGACCAGGAGGUUCUAUCGAUUCCGGUCCAGCCACCGAUUCCAGCAUUCAACGAAACUUCAUGGUGGCGAUGUACGUCAUAUUCCUCUGCAUCGUACCGGCAAUUCUUCUGAUUAUGUUCCUGAUGUAUUAUUCAAGACACAACGUUCUCACUUGGUGGAAGAAACCAAGAAAGACAGUCCAAUCUCCGAAGAAGAACAGCUUGCAACGUCGUCUUUCGAGAAGCGCAAGCAAAUUCGCUGCCAAUUUCCAAAGUAACACACAAAACAAUCAACAACCCAUCAAUGUGCAUACUCUCUCUAAUCCUGAUGAUAUGAGUUCGAGUCUUCUAAGAAGCGACUCUGACCGUAGUCCAUCCGGUAAUAUCAAUCCGUCUGUUAACUUUUUUGGUAAUUUCAAAGGAUUUUCUUUAACGCCGAUCGAUAAAAAUCAACCGCAAACAGACAAAGAUAGCAAAAAAGUUGACAAUGUCACGAAAAGUGCCAAAAUAACUCCUGUGCGUAGAAGUGGAAGUAGCAGUCAGAAUCUUAGUCAGAAUGCUCUGAAACCAGUAUUGCGUUCAGCUCCACCUUUACCUGUGGUACCGACGACGACGAAAUCAAGUCCGAAAAGUAGUCCUUCUGUGAAAAGAACCAAUAGUUCUGUACAAAACAGGAUUAAAGCCUUAAUAGGCUCUGAUAAAUCCGAAGAGAUUCCGGUACAGUCUAAUUCAAUUUCUAGACCAGUAAUAUCGAGUCCAAUUCUGGAAGCAUCCACUUGUACCGCUAAAGAGUUAAUUUCACCACUCCAAGGAUCGAAAACGUUGGGACCUAUACGUGCAGCCCCAACCGUUCCAAGUUUUUCACCAGAUUUACCCAAACGACCCUUAAGUAUGCACUCUGGCGGUAAUGUCCCUCAAAAGCCGCUUCCUGAGGAACCUAAAAAGGUCAAAGAAGGUAUUUCUCUCAAUAGAAUUGCUUCAUUUCUAAAGAACGAUAAAACUAAAGAAAAGGAACGUAAACCCGUAGAAAGAAGUCACUCUUUACCUAAAAAUGCAAAUAAUCAAUUGAAGAUUGCGAAAGUAGAUAAGGCUGCUCUGAGGAAUUUGCAAAUAUCUAAUCCGAUUUUGCAAAAAGAUAUCGAACUAUCUGUUAAUACUGUACCAGUAGUUUCUGAUUCUGAAGAUGUCGACGACCAGAAAGCUUUCGUCAAUAGAGCUCAAAGCAUGCGAGCACCUGCAGUACAGAAACCAGCAAUACAGAGUUUUGGCUCUAUGAGACAAUCACCCGGAGUAGCGAGGCCUUUGUCUUGUGUCGGAAGGCCAACAGCACCCCCUCCGCCAUUACCUAAUCAAUCUAAAAUUAAUGACGAGAAAAAUCCAAUAUACCAAAAUCCGAAAAUACAAACCGAAAUAAAAUCUACGGAUUACGUUGAUUGCAUAGAAGAAAAAGCAGCACCACUUGCUCAUAUUGACGAAGAGUCUGGUGAUAAUAUUUACGCUAUUAUAGAAGAAAGUCCUGAAAAACACUAUAAACCUCUACCUGGUAGCUUACCUCCAAAAACCAUAACUGCUCCUGUUGAAGAAUACAACGUCCCGAAACCAAUUACUUCUAACUCAGGAAGUACUGAAAGCAUGGGUCUACUUGGAGAAAUUGUUAACGAGAUUCAAAAUCGCAACUUUGAAUCUAUAUAUUCCGCGUCAACGCUAUCAAGAAAGAAAGAAAAGGAAAAUAAAAAAAAUGCCGAUAACAGUAGAGAUAGCACGUACAUGAACACAGAUUACAAAAGGCCAGAGAGUGUGUACAAUAACUCCGGAGCGAAAUCAAGCGCAGCGUCAACCACCAGCAGUGGUUAUUUGCAUCCUUCUGCGGUAAAUAUACCCACGUAUAUGCAAAAACAGAAUGAUGCUAAGGUAGAAAUCGAAAAACCACCAUCUCCGACUCUAAAAGUGAACUCGAAAAUUCCAACUUUUUCAAGACAAGUGACUCCGCCGGGCCUUAGAAGUACAUCGACAUUUAAAGCUGUCCCACAAUCGCCAAAAUCUGUAACUAAAAAUAUAAACACACUUAAAACUAUACCCAAUAGUCCGGAUCUAGUUUCAAGUUGCGCUGUCGCAGAUACAAAGAACGUUAAAGCGCCAGACGUGAUUAAUAAUAAUAAAUCGAUAGAACCACCAAAAUUAGCAACAAAACCGACUACGGUGGCUAAACCUAACGAUAAUCGACCUCCUUUAAGACCAGCGCCUUCAGUCGAGAAGAAACAAAUUAUUAAAACAACGCCAGUAUUAAAAUCCGUCAAUUCAUCAUCGAAUAUUAAUAAUAAAGUUGAUAAAAAUCCGCCCUUAAACCGUACUAAUUCAAAAACAGAUUCUAAUGUUAAGGCAAUAGCGGAUAGCUUAAAUAAGAAUCGACCAAAAAUCGUACCAAAACCGAGUACGAUAUUACAAAAGACUGAUUCGAAUGUAAAGACGAACGCAACGAGGCUGUCCGCGAAACCGUCUAACGUUGCUAGUUUGCAGCAAAAAUUCGAAAAUAGAAAAUCAUUAGGAAAAGAGAUUACAGCGAAAAAAUAAAUUUAAUAUAAUUAUUACGAUUUUGAAAUCUACUUGAAGCACAUCGUCUCAUUGAAGCAAAUAUAAGUUAUUUUACAAAACCGUAGAUAUUAGUGUAUGUAAUGACUUUAUUGUGAUUAUAGUUAGAUGACGUUUCUCUUAAAGUUGAGAAUAUGAAACGGUAUUUUCUGGAAUGUUAUUAAAGCUUUAUCGUAGCUAGAUAAAUAUGCAGCUGUAUGUAUACAAAAAGUAAUAUCUAGUCGAUUAACUGUUAGAACCAUUCAUUUAUGUGUACAUAGUUUUAAAAGAGAAUUUGUAUACAAUAGUAACACGGAAAAUUAACAAUUAUCAAAACCAUAGACAAUGUUUUCUUAUGAACGUAAAAAAAAUCAAAGCAAUUUUCAUUGAUAUGAUAUUUAUUUCUAUCGAGAGACCCAUUAUAUGUUAAAUCAAAACUAAUGAAAUAGAUAAUCUAUCAAAUAAAAUUAUCUUUUGCAUGUAAAUCAUUUGAUUAAGUAAAUAAUUAAAACCUUUUUAUUU